GGUGGCGGUGGUGCUGGUGGCGGAGGCGGUGGUUCCGACAUGGAACAGCAUCUUCAUCACACGGGGUUGGGUUCGGUGACACCUGGACCACCCGGUGGCAACGGUGGUGACAGUACAACCUCUAGUACCCCAGUUUCUCAAAGUGGCAAGUCGGCGUUCAUCGAGUUGCAACACAAUAAUCUGUACAAUCCCGCCAGUCUACGUGGUGGUUAUCCCGGAGGACACAAUGUGCCUGGUGCUCAUCAGUUCUCGCAUCAAGUUGGCGCGCUAGGUCAUCAAACGUCCGGUCCAGGCAGCGGGAAUCAGCAACACGCGGAGGCAGGAUUCCCCAGUCCUAGGUCCGCGUUAGCCGGAUAUCCGUUCCCACCCAUGCACCAGCACAACGCCUACGGAUAUCACCUGGGAUCGUACGCGCCCCAAUGCCCCUCGCCGCCCAAGGACGGUGAGUACCCAAACUACCUCUCGCCAUUGGGUGACAAGGGUGGCAGCCUAGUGGACGAACUCGGAGGCGGUGGAGGUGGUUCCCUCAGGAACGGCAAGGGUAAGAAGAUGAGGAAACCACGGACGAUCUAUAGCAGCUUGCAAUUGCAACAGCUCAACAGGCGGUUCCAGAGGACGCAGUACUUGGCGCUACCGGAAAGAGCCGAAUUAGCGGCGAGUCUCGGAUUGACGCAAACGCAGGUGAAAAUCUGGUUCCAGAAUAGAAGAAGUAAAUAUAAGAAGAUGAUGAAGGCAGCACAGCAGGGCGGUGGAGGCGGUGGAGGCCAACACGGCAGCCUUCUAGCCGGUGGAACCGCUCUGCCUGGAGGACCAUCCCCUCAACCAGGUCAACCAGGAAGUCUCAUGCAAGGAGGUGGCGGAAGUUCCGUGUCGGGUAGUCCGACGACGGGUUACCUUGGAGGCAUGGGAGGUGGUGCAGGGGGUCACACCCCCGGCAGUUCGAGCCCCGGAAGCGAGAUGUCGCCUCAGCACAACGAGAGUCCACCCGCACCCUCUUGGCCGGGCGAGAUGAAGCACCAUCCGCAUCCGCACGCGCCACCACACACCCACCACCACCCCCAUACGCCUGGACACCAUCCACCGCCUCCACCACCUCCACCUCAUCACGCGGGUUACAUGCCACAGUACUCCUGGUACCAGGCGGAUCCUAAUCCCGGACUACUCACGGUGUGGCCAGCGGUUUAACGAAGACGUCGUUCGAGCUGUGUUCAGGAGGAACCUCUUCGUAGCACCGCGGACGUGCCAGCGCCCCUGCCUCAAAGUGUGAAUACGUAUAGCACCUGUCGCGAUGGAAUUCGCGUUCGAUGUUAAUAUUGUUUCUAUUCUAUUAACGAGAACCGCCUCGAACGAUCCUACGGUCGACGAUCGAUUGUUCGCUAGGAAACUAUUCACCGUCGUAGCAAAGUUAGAAUACGGAUCGUCAAAGACGAAAACACACACGGUCGCGUAUCACAUCAUCGAAUCGUGAGAUCUAAUGCUGCCUAACGUCGAACACGGCAAGAACCGUGAAACGCGUAGAAUCUCCUGUCGAAGAUCGUUCAUCAUCCGAACCGGACAAACUAGGUUAACCGAUCUAACAACGCACCAUUAUCAUCGUCGAGAACUUGAUCCGAUGAAACACUGACCGGUACGGAGUUCCCUUCGGUUCGUUAAAUGUCAGACUAUCGAAUCCGUCGGCGUACAAUUAUCCUGUGACCAAGGCUGUUUUCGGACCACGAUCUUUUCGCGUCCAUCGAAACCGAUCCUCCGUAAAUGUCAAUCUCGUCGAUGACGUUAGGUCGGUCGAUCUCCUGUGACAGUUGGCCAAUCGAACUGGCUGACCCACUUCGUGCUGGAAGCUGCGAUCCAACGGAGCGAGAAGAAAGGGACAGCGAAGGAACGGACGAAGGGAGAACGGGAGAGAAAGGGAGCGAGGAACGUUGCAGAAACUCGUGGCCGUCGAGAGUGGUCGUUCCUCAAGGCGGUUGGAAGUAAUGAAAUCCUAAUGACAUUUUCGUGAGUCAAACGAUCUCGGCAAUCACGGUGGCGCGGCGUAAUCACCGGUCCCUCCUUUCCGGAUGAAGCAACAGAACCUCCUCCGAAAAGGAGCGGAGUACGCGAGCGACGCGCGUGCGAUUUUCGACGGAUCUCCAGGAGGAUGGGACAGCAGAAAAAUCAUUAUCCCGAGCGACGACGACGCGACGGACAGCUGUGACGUGCGUGUUCAUUAAAUUCAGCUCGGUGUUUCGCGCGUGUGCGUGCAGAUCGCGAUCGGUGACACUCUCUGCCCGCGAUCCUCUUCGGCGAACUCUCGGCUCGAAAUUCCUCUUCUCUCCCUUCGUCCGUGACCGAUCGUCAGCUUCUUCGUGCAUGCAUCGAAAUGUUCCAGGUUUUACGCUGUUUUUACCGUUUCCCGUCAGCCAUGCUGGCUCACCCUUGCCAUCUUGCGUCCCGCCAAUGAUCUAGCUAGCUUUCAAAAGAGACACCACGAAACCGCAGAAAAAGACGGUUGCGGUUUGCGACCAAGGGGAAACUGGGAGGGUCGGUGAAGCCCCACCGCUGACCCAAAUCCUCCGGCGUGUCGGUGCAACAAUGGUCGUCUCAUGAGAACGCGGUCUCGCACGGUUCCUUUACUUCCUGAUUCUACCUUCUUUUUUCGCCUACGUAAAUUGGCCAACUACGCGACGGAAUUCACGAAAUCCGCGUCGAGAUGACCUUUUCGUCUGACCUUGUUUCUUUCGAUCCUUCUUUAUCUUCGGACAAUGCAAUGCAGAAAUUGAUAUUCUCGAUUUAAUCUUCGAUUGGGUCAUAGAAACCGCAGUAUGAUUUCUUUCACCGUGAGCCUCGGUUCGUGACUGUCGCUGUAUUGCGAAGCCAGAUUCGUGUCGCUGGAUAUCUGGAGUAGAGUCGUGACAAAAAUUCGACAACAAUAACGUCGGUAGAUUUUGAAACUAAUUCGAGUCUCGAAAUUAUUUCAAUGUUCCAGCCAAAAAAAGUAGCAGAUGCGAGAACGGGAACAGGUAGGUUCGCGUGAUUUCCAUCAGAAUUCCAGCGUCGCGAUUCUAGGCGCCGUCGAGCGGCGACAAUCGGGACGCGGUAUCUGUCUCGGGGUACGCGGAGAACGUUUCAACGCGACGAUGACGACAACGAUUCCCUCCGUGUAUACUAAUAAGUGCCGUUAGAUUCGAGCGCGGAGGUACGCGGCGCGGAAACACAGUUGUUGCGUUUGGAUUCGGUGCAAUAAGGAGGCGUGUGCGUGUAUAAUUUAAGACGAAGCUCCCUCAGUUCCUAAAUUGCGUGUAGUUGCGAGUGUAUUAGCGAGAAAACAGCGUAAAACGUGUCGACGCGAACAACUGGACGAAAGCGUAGAAUAACCGUUUUGUCCGGGAAUUCGGAUUAUCAGUCGCCUCGAACGAUUCGAGUGGGUCGCGAUCGUCCGCUGUCAAGAAAGCAAACGCGAUUCGGCUUUGUCACGCUUUCGUCGAGUUCGCGGAAUAACAGGAACGACUCGACGGCGGAGCGGAAACGAACGCACGAGGAAAACAAAGAAAAACGUAAAGAAAAAAUGAUGGAUGAGUCCGUAGAAUUUACUAGCGUUACUAGUCUCGGUGCAAGUCGACGAGGAUCGAUCGGAGCGUCCCGAGGAUAAAGAGGAUCGAUCCGCGAUCCUCGAGUGCGUGUAAAUAUUGCACCGGGGCCCAACACACCCCCGCCCCUAGCACGUAAGUCGUCAAAAUGAAAGAAAUCUGUGUAAAAUACGAUAUUGUGAUAAGAGUGUAAAGAGAUGAGAGAGAAAACCAGAGAAAUCGUCUAUAUACAUAUAGGUUAAACAACACACGGCAGACCCCCAGUUUAUCAAUUUUAUCGAGUACCCUUGUACGAAUAUAGAUAUUACGAGGACUAAAAAUACCUUAAUUAUGAUUACUAUUGUA